AUGAAUAUUUUACCUUCGACAUUUAUUGGAAGGCCACGUUGUUAUCAACAAUGUUUUAUGGAUGCUAUGCGAUUAGUUCAAGAAUUUGGAAAACCAAAUUUAUUUAUUACCAUGACAUGUAAUCCAAAGUGGCGUGAGAUUACAGAAAAUUUGUUGGAUAUUGAAAUUGCAUCUGAUCGUCCGGAUAUUGUGACUAGAGUUUUUCAACAAAAAGUGAAAGAGAUAAUGAAAGAUAUAAAAGAAAAAGAAAUUUUUGGACCAAUUCUUGCUUUUGUUUAUGUCAUAGAAUUUCAAAAGCGUGGAUUGCCACAUGUGCAUUUAAUUAUAUUUUUACGUAAUCCAAUUCGCGAUGCAGAAACUUUACAUAAAAUGAUAUGUGCUGAAAUUCCAGAUGAAACAAAUAAUCCAGAACUUUUUAAGAUUGUAAAGCAAUUUCAAGUUCAUGGGCCUUGUGGAAAAGAAAAUAUGAAUUCACCUUGCAUGGACCCUGAGAAGAAAGUUUGUACAAAAAACUAUCCAAAGCCGUUUUGUUCUGAAACAACUUAUGGUUCUAAGAAUUAUCCGGAACUCAGGCGAAGAAAUGAUGGUAAAAAAAUCAUUUUUUAUAACAAAGAUGGGUCAAUUAAAUGUACCGCUGACAAUUCGAUGAUCGUACCAUAUAAUCUGUAUUUGAGUAAAAAAUUUGAAGGUCAUAUUUGUGUUAUACCAUGUGGUAGUACGGAUGGCAUUAAAUAUUUAUUCAAAUAUAUGUAUAAAGGUCAUGACUGUGCAAUAAUAGGUUAUAAGGAUGAUAAUGAGGAAAUGAAAUAUGAUGAAAUUGUUAAUUAUUUAAACACACGUUAUGUAUGUCCACCAGAAGCUAUGCACAGAUUAUUCGAAUUCAAUAUGCAUGAACAAUCACAUACAACUUAUAGAUUAGCUGUACAUUUACCAAAUCAGCAAUUAAUAUGUUUUAAAGAAGGAUUAGAAGAAGAAGCAGUUAAUAAAUUUAAAAAUACGACAUUAACAGCAUGGUUCAAAUUAAAUCGAGAAAAUCCUGAAGCACGCAAGUAUUUGUACACAGAAAUACCACAUAAGUAUGUUUUCGUUGAAUCAUCAAAAACUUGGAAAAUAAGGGAACGAAUUACCAAACCUAUAAUUUGCCGCAUGUAUUUUGUAAGUCCGAAAGAUGUUGAAAGAUAUUUUUUGAGAGUCUUACUACUUUAUGUACGUGGUGCUAAAUCAUUUGAAGAUGUAAGAACAUAUGAAGGUAUUACAUACAAUACUUUUGUAGAAGCAGUGCGUGCACGAAAUUUGAUAGUAGAUGAUAGUGAAUGGGAUAAUUGUUUGGCUGAAGCUGUAAGCAUGAAAUUUCCUAAAGAACUUUGUCGUCUAUUUGCAUAUAUAUGUGUGUUUGGAUUGCCUGUGAAUGCAAUUGAUUUAUGGAAUAAGUACAAAGAACACAUGGUUUUUGAUAAUAAUGUACCUGUAGAAGUAGCAACUCAAAAAGCGUUAAUAUUAAUUAAUGAAGUGCUUAAUUUUCAUGGAUUUUCUCUAAAUAAAUUUGGUUUACCAAAUAUUGAUCAAAAAAUUAUCGACGAUUAUAUUUCUGUCGACAAGAAAGCUAAUGAACUAUCAUUAAAAUUGCUCAAAGAAGAAAGUGAAGUACUUAUUAAAAGUUUGAACAAUGAUCAGCGCAAAAUUUUUGAUGAUGUCAUGGCAGCAAUACAUAAUGAUGAUUGCAAAAAUAGGUACUUUUUUGUUUCUGCACCUGGUGGUUGUGGUAAAAGUUAUUUAGAAAAUACAAUUAUUGCUACUCUUGAAAGUGAAGAAUUAGUAGUUUUAGCAGUUGCUUAG